ACACGUCAGCUUUUACAAGUCCUUAAGGUGACAAAGCAAAAUGGAUUCGAAAGCUGUUGAUGCUUCUGCUUCGCAUUCGUCCGCCGGUUACACAAAGCGCGAAUCUCGGAUAUCUAAAGAAGACUUGUGCAUGGUUAUUGCCCUUUGGAUGGAGCGGUUUCCUCUUGCCACAGCGAACGCUUCUUUCAAUAAAGUCGGAGCAGUGCUCAUGCUGCCUAAUGAUAUGAUUCACGCAGUCGAUUGCAGCCGUGAUCGUGUUCAUGGAGUCGCCCGUUUGGUAAUAAAGCAUCAAGAUGUUGCGAAGGAUUGUAAAGUCUUCGUGUCGCGGAAGCCUUGCUCCUUUUGUACAAAGCUUCUUGUACAGUCUCAAGUCAAGAGGGUCUUCUAUCUACCUAUCGAACCCGAGUGCUCAACGCGCUCAAGCGAGUUUAGAGAUGAAAUAUCACGCGUCGAUAACUUAUUCAAAACAAGUGCAAUAGGUCAGUCUGUAUUCGUUCCAACAGUUGGGACUGAUGUGUUUGCUGACGCCGAAAGAAAAAAUAAAACGCCACAGAAGGCUAGAGAGAAAAAAAGAGAUCAGCUCUUUAAAGAUUACUGCAACGCAGAAUGGAUGACCAAAGUGAAAGACCACCUCCCAUGGCCAGCCUUCGAUGAUAACAUGAAAGAACAGGUCUGCGAAGAUUUUAAAAAGACUUUGGAAUGGAUGGCCCGUCUUUUAGUUGAUAGAGAAAAAGGUUACAAUUUUGAACCCUUGUCUCCAGUCAAGGGAACAGUCACUUCAUCUGACCCAUCAAGAAAUGUUGAGAAGAAAUCCGAAAACCCGGAAGUCGACGUAAGCCUCAUGACUUUGGCGAAAUUCUUGGCUGAGCGUUCGGAUGAUCCAAAAACAGGAGUGGGGGCGGUGAUCGUAAACAUAAAAAAUGAGAUCAUCGCUCUCGGAUGGAAUGGAUUCCCUACAAAGGCGCUUUAUGGUGAGUUUCCGAGGGCUUCCCACAGUGACCAACCCGAAGAUAAGAAGUAUCCGUAUAUGAUUCACGCAGAACAAAACGCCCUGCUGUUACGAAACACUAAUAACCUGACGAACGGAACUUUGUUUGUAACGAAGACACCGUGCGAUGAAUGCACCCCACUGCUUGCGAUGGAAGGGAUAAAAACGGUAUUUUUGGGCGAAAAAUACCAGCCUCCAGCCGAAGCCAGAAAUCUCAGUUAUAAAGAAUUUGGUGAGAAGGUCGAGGGCCGUGUCUUCGAAUGUUUUCAAAUGUUACCCACCGCUAGCACCACCGCAUACGAAGCCAAGAGGAAUCUUCAGGAAGAUUUUAAGGAAAUUCCACCGAAACGACAGAAGGCUUUUUCCAAGGAUUCUAAACAUUAAUAAUACUUCUCUAGACUCGUUAAUUUCCCUACCACCAAGGAUAUGUAACUUAAGAAUGACAUAAACCCAGUAAAACUAAAUUUUGUAGACUAUUACGGAAGCUGAGGAAUUUUUAUAACACUUAAAGAUACAUUUAAGCGUACGCGCGGCGUGACAGCCUUCGGAUUAAAUCAGUCGGGUCAACGCUAAAUAUCAUUCAAGGUUUCUGGGAAACGAGCCCAAAAGCACCUGAUCAAAAACGACCACGAUUCCUCGUUUUGCCAAGCUUCGACAUACGAGCCUCGAUUAUUCAAUCGAGCCUCGAUUUUGCAAUCGUGCCUCGAUUUUG